AUGGCAAAUCUCACCAUCAAGUCCAAAUAUCGCAUGCCAUCGGGCUAUGAGAUACCAGUCCUCGGGUACGGUGUGUACCAAACCCCCGCAGAAGUAGCCUCGGAAGUUGUGCAGCACGCGCUGGAGGUAGGGUAUCGACAUGUAGAUUCUGCAGUCGCUUACCGCAACGAAACACCUUCCGCCGAUGGCAUGAAGAAGUCUGGCAUUUCCAGAGAGGACUUGUUCUUUACAACCAAGAUCCCGCCCAAGGAUAUGCGUUACGAAACCGCGAAAGAGCAUAUCGAGAACACGCUCAAGAUCACCGGGUUUGAUUUUGUCGACCUCUACCUCUUGCAUUCUCCAUAUGGCGGCAAGGAGAACAGAAUCGGUGCCUGGAAAGCGCUUGUAGAGGGCGUCGAAACCGGCAAGAUUCGAUCAAUCGGAGUGUCGAACUAUGGUGUGCAUCACCUUGACGAGUUGGAAGCAUGGAUCAAACAGAGAGAAGAGGAAGAGGGCAAAGGAAAGGCAGGUGUGAUCAGUAUUAAUCAGAUCGAACUCCAUCCUUGGCUUGCGCGGAAGGACAUCGUGGAAUGGUGUAAGAAGCGAGGUGUACUUUGCGAGGCGUAUUGUCCAAUUGUGCGCGCAUCGAAGAACGAGGAUCCACUGUUGCUCCCACUAGCGAAGAAGUACAACAAAACACCGUCUCAGAUCUUGAUAAGGUGGAGUUUGCAAAUGGGCUUCAUUCCUCUUCCCAAGUCCGUGACCAAGUCUCGCAUUGAAGAGAACGCCAAUGUUUACGAUUUUUCGCUCACGGAAGAGGACAUGAAGAGUCUGGACACAGGGGUAUAUGAGCCUUGCGCAUGGGAUCCUACGGUCAGUCAUGAUUAA